AUGGAGAGAGACAUGUCAUUUAAUAGUUCGGAUGUGUCACGGUUUAUAACCACGCUGACCAUGGAAUCAUUGAACAUACCACCAUUUAGUGCUAUUUCUAUAUUUAUUUUUGGCAUCAUCACAUACUGUUUAAUCUUGUUCUUUCAAUCCAUAAUACUUGUAACUUUUAUUGUAAAAAGGGAUCUGCACAAACCUAUGUAUGUACUGCUGUUUAAUUUGAUUGUCUGUGACUUGAUGGGAACUACGGGUUUUUACCCUCAGUUGGUUUGUACCAUAUUGUCUCACAGUAGAGAAAUAUCCUACCUUGCCUGUGCAAUACAGGGCAUGCUAAUUCAUCUCUACUUAUGUGGGUCACUUUUAUUUCUCAAUGCCAUGGCUUAUGAUAGAUAUAUUGCCAUUUGUAAACCUUUGAGAUACCACAAUCUAAUGACACAGGGUACCUUGGUGAAACUUAUUUUCAUAGCCUGGUUCAUAAAUUUUUCUAUUAUCGGGUCUGUAUUUGCACUCACUUUAAGCAAAACAAUUUGCAGGACAAACAUAGUGGACAUGUACUGCAAUAAUCCCUCUUUAAUGAAGUUAAGUUGUGAGGAUACUAGUGUAAAUAACUAUUAUGGGUUGUUUACUAUAGCUCUUAUACAAGGCUCUUCCAUACUAAUAGUAUCAUUGACAUAUAUAAAAAUUCUAAUAACGUGUCUUUCUACCAAACAGAAAAAAUCUAUAAGUAAGGCAAUGCAAACUUGUGGGACACAUUUAGUUGUUUUUUUGUGUUUUGAGGUUAACACAUUCUUACUACUGGUUUCUCACAGGUUAGAAUCAGUAUCUCCACACUUAAGAAGGGCUUUUGGUGUUUCAGUUGUUAUCUUUCCACCAAUUUUUAACCCUUUAAUUUAUGGGCUGAAAACUAAAGAAAUUCGGCAAACAAUAUUAUCAUUUACAGGAAGACUUUUUCUAUUUAACAGAAAACUAAACUAA